CGAUCGUGAAAAAUAAUAUCACGUGAGCACAUUAUUCUUAGUCCAUUCCAGGAUUUAACCACCCUGAAACUAGUACUGUACUAGAUUUUAGUUUAUUUUGACAUUAUAUUUUGAAGGAUAAAUAAUACAACUAAGAAACAGCUAAUUUUUAAUUUAAAAUUGUUGCUUAUCAAGAUUGUAGUUGAUUUCGUGUUUCCUGCUAUUGAAAACCAUAUCGAACCAUUUCUUAGAAUUGAAUUGUUUUAAAACAGGACAACAAUGGCGUACAACUCAAAUUAUCAAACAAAUUAUGGAGCUGGUAAUGCACCACCUCAACCGGUUUACCCUCCACAGGGCGGUAAUGUUGAUCCCCCGCCUUACAGUGCAGGUCCAGGAACAGGGGAAGGGUGGAAAGAUGAAAAUAAUGCUGGAACCGAAACUAGCACCCCAACUCGUCUAUGGGUUAAAGAACAUCGUGCUGUAUAUUUCGUCUCUUAUGGCGUUUUCCUUGUGACCUAUAUAACACUGAUCUGUUGUCCAAAAGUAAGAAGAUCGUAUCCUACUAACUUUAUUACGCUGGGGAUAUUUACUUUAGCAUUUUCAUAUAUGGCAGCAAUGAUAUCCAGUUUCUAUAAGGCCGAAGCUGUAUUGUUUGCAUUUGGUAUAGCCGCAGUAGUUUGCUUGGCUGUAACAAUCUUUGCCAUGCAAACGAAGUUUGAUAUAACAGUAUGCAGCUCGAUGUUAUUCUCAUUGCUGCUUGUGUUUCUUCUAUUCGGAUUUGGAGUAAUGAUAGUCUAUGCUGUAGGAGUUGACAAUAAAACUCGCUGGAUUUUACAACUGGUUUACGGAAGUCUUGGAACACUAAUCUUUACUAUGUUCCUGGCAUACGAUACCCAGAUGUUAAUGGGAGGCCGUAAAUAUGAAUUGUCUGAGGAGGAAUACGUUUACGCUUCCCUCCAAAUUUAUUUAGAUGUAGUUUAUAUUUUCCUCCUCAUCCUUUCUCUAUUUGGAGGUAAAGAUUAG